AUGGCGGAUACACAAAGGUUCCGAGUCUGCAAAAAGAGAGUCCAGUUCUAUUUUAUGUUGGCUACCGUUUGGGAGGCGGUUUCUGGGCAAAUUCGCUAUUCGAUUCCCGAGGAAAUGCAGAAAGGCUCCAUUGUGGGGAAUAUCGCAAAGGAUCUGGGACUGGAUAUAAAGGAGCUAACACACCACGGAGUCCGCAUUGUUUCCACAGGUAGGACUCAGUAUUUUGCUUUGAAUCUUAAGAGCGGCCAUUUAAUCACCACAGAAAGGAUAGACAGAGAACAGAUCUGUGGCCGGAUCGAGAAGUGUCUCUUAAUUUUUGAGGUUCUUAUUGAGGAUAAAGUGAAGCUUUUCGCAGUUGAAAUUGAAAUCACAGAUAUUAAUGACAAUUCUCCCACCUUCCAAGCGAAUGAGCUAGAGUUAAAAAUUAGUGAGAUUACAGCUGUGGGGACCCGGAUUUCCCUGCAGGAGGCGCAGGAUCCAGAUGUGGGAAUUAAUUCCAUCCAGAGCUAUCAACUGAGCAAUAACAAACACUUUUCUCUGGAUGUGCAAACUGGAUCUGAUGGUGUUAAAUAUGCGGAACUAGUGCUGGAAAAGUCUCUGGACCGGGAAACGCAGACUGUCCAUAAAUUAACUCUCACAGCAGCUGACGGGGGAGAUCCAGUCAGAUCUGCCAUUGCUCAGAUCCGUGUUGUGGUUGUGGAUGCCAAUGACAAUGCACCGCUUUUUACUCAGCCGGUCUAUAAAGUGGGUGUUUUGGAAAACGCGCCUCGAGGGUCCUUGAUAAUUACAAUACACGCCACUGACCGGGAUGAGGGACAGAAUUCUGAGGUGACCUUUUCAUUUAGAAAAAUUACAGAAAAGGCGUCUCAGAUAUUCCAGCUUCACCCUAGGACAGGAGAAAUAUCAACGAUAGGUGACCUGGACUACGAGGAAGCUUCAUUAUAUGAAAUGGAAGUGGAGGCAAAGGAUAUUGGAGAUCUCUCCGCCAGGUGCAAAGUUCUGAUAACGGUUAUUGAUGUCAAUGAUAAUACCCCGAAAAUUGCAAUCACUUCCCUGUUCAACUCAGUCUCUGAAGAUUCUCCCCCCGGAACAGUAAUCUCGAUAUUAAAUUUGCAAGACGGAGAUUCCGGCCAGAAUGGUGAGGUCACGUGCUCCAUACCAGCCAACCUUCCAUUCCGGUUACAGAAGUCAUUUGGCAAUUACUACAGUUUGGUGACUGACACAUCACUGGACAGGGAGCGGGUCUCGAAUUACAGUGUAACUAUCACAGCCACAGACCGAGGGACUCCUCCUUUAUCAUCAACAACAACUAUUUUAGUACAGCUUUCAGACAUAAACGACAACGCUCCUAUCUUCAACCAGCCAUCCUACACUUUGUACAUCACAGAGAACAAUCCCAGAGGAGCUUCCGUUUGUUCCCUGAAAGCGAAUGAUUCCGACUUGGAGGAGAACGCCCGAGUCACCUACUCUAUUAAUGAAGGACAUAUAAAUGAAGCUCCGCUCUCCUCCAUCUCCAUCGACUCGGAGACUGGGGCUGUCUACGCUCUGCGCUCCUUCGAUUACGAACAGUUCCGGGAGAUUCGGUUCCAAGUGCAGGCUCAGGAUGGGGGUUCCCCACCUCUCAGCAGUAAUGUCUCCAUCACUCUCUUUAUACUGGAUCAGAAUGACAAUACCCCGCAAAUCUUACACCCCUCCUUUCCCACAGAUGGCUCCACGGGAGUGGAGUUGGCCCCUCGCUCCUCCGAGCCGGGUUACCUGGUCACUAAGGUGGUGGCGGUGGAUGCAGACUCCGGGCAGAACGCCUGGCUCUCCUACCAGCUGCUGAAGGCUACAGAGCCGGGGCUCUUCUGUGUGGGACUCCACAGCGGCGAGAUCAGGACAGCGCGCUACUUUCUCGACAAAGAUGCGCUCAAGCAAAGUCUGGUGGUUUUAGUGAAGGACAACGGGCAGCCCCCUCUCUCUGCCACGGCCACUGUCACGGUGGUGGUGGCUGACAGCAUCCCCGACAUCCUCUCCAAUUUAAACAGCCUCUCAGCUCCUACAGACCCCCAGUCCAGCCUCACCUUGUAUUUGGUGAUCGCUGUGGCUUCCGUUUCCUGCUUGUUCUUUACCUUUAUCAUAGUGUUACUGGCCCUGAGGCUCCGCCGGUGGAGAAACUCGCAUCUGUUUGACUCCUCGAGUGUGACUUUCAGUGGAGUUCCAGUCUCGCAGUUUGUGGGGCUCGAUGGAGUCAGAGCUUUUCUUCACUCCUACUCACAUGAGGUUUCUCUCACCACGGACUCCAGAAAGAGCCAAUUCAACUUUCCCAAAUCAAACUAUUCAAAUACUCUGAGUAGUGAGCAAACUUGUGAGAUAAAGGAUCCUAUUCUAGUUACUGAAAAUUUAAACAUUAGUAACGGGGAUCAGACCUCCAUUCAGGUGAGCUAA